AUGCUGUCACCACAGUUGUUCCACAAGAUUUUUGGCCUGGCGGUUUUGCUCACACACUAUGUUCAAGGUAACCCUGUGGCAAUUCCUUCUGUGCCUGAUUUCACACGCUUGCGUGAAGCAGGGCUAGAUGAAGGCUUCCCACCAGACUCCUCAUCACUUGCUGAUCGUGAAAUGGAAGAUGUUAUCCUUCAGUUAGACCAUCGCAUUUCCAGACUUGAAGGAGCCCUCCGUUUGGAAGAGAAGAUAACCACAUCUGGAGGAAAAAUAUUUGCUACCAAUGGGAAAAAAGCUGACUUCCAUACUGCGGUGCAGAAAUGCAAAGAGGCCGGGGGGUCCCUGGCCGCCCCGGGGACGGAGGGCGAGAACACUGCCGUGCUCUACUUGGUGAGGCGCUAUAACACGUACGCCUACCUGGGCAUAAAGGAGUCCCUGAUUCCAGGCAAGUUCCGCUCCCUCGGCGGGGCCGAGCUGAGUUACACGCACUGGCACGUAAGGGAACCGUCCGGCAAAGGGGAAGAGGAGUGUGUGGAGAUGUACACUGACGGCACCUGGAAUGACAAGAAAUGCAACCAGAAUCGCCUUAUUGUGUGCCAGUUUUAG